AGACGGUUUCCGGACUUUGACUACAUCACCAAGGAUGGUACGCUAACCGAGCAUUUAGACUGCGUCAUAAUAAGUCACUUUCAUCUUGACCAUUGUGGUGCACUGCCCUACAUGACAGAGAUGAAGGGCUACGAUGGCCCAAUCUACAUGACCCACCCUACCAAAGCCAUAUGUCCCAUCCUACUGGAAGACUAUCGGAAGAUUUCUGUCGAAAGAAAAGGCGAGAAGAACUUCUUUACCUCACAGAUGAUCAAAGAUUGCAUGAAGAAAGUGAUUGCAGUAAACCUGCACCAAACCCAACAGGUGGACAGUGAGCUAGAGAUCAAGGCGUAUUAUGCUGGCCAUGUGCUUGGAGCGGCAAUGUUUCAUAUAAAGGUCGGACAAGAGUCGGUUGUCUAUACGGGCGACUACAACAUGACGCCGGACCGCCAUCUUGGAUCGGCGUGGAUCGACAAGUGUCGACCGGACCUGCUCAUCACAGAGUCGACGUACGCGACGACGAUCCGCGAUUCGAAGCGAUGCCGCGAGCGCGACUUUCUCAAGAAGGUGCACACCUGCAUCGAGAAAGGCGGAAAGGUACUCAUUCCUGUGUUUGCACUCGGACGUGCCCAGGAGCUAUGCAUUCUAAUGGAGACGUACUGGGACAGAAUGAAUCUCAAAGUUCCCAUGUACUUUUCACUCGGACUAACCGAAAAGGCAAAUCACUAUUACAAGCUGUUCAUCACUUGGACGAACCAGAAAAUACGCAAGACGUUCGUGCAGCGAAAUAUGUUCAUAUUUAAGCACAUAAAGGAGUACAGCAUCCAGCUCAUAUCGGACGGUAGCAUCGCCAUCGAAUCGGUCAUCGUCAAGGUGUCCGGGGAGGAAGGCACGGAGAAGAGCGUGCUCGUGUCCUGGCCGUACCAGGACGAGGAGCUGGGAAGCUAUCUGUUGAACCUCAUCCAAACGUUGGCUUCCUGAUCCAGUCGGUCGGUCGUGUCGCGAUGUCGCAUAGCCGUGCUGAGCCGUAUCCUCCUCCUCCUCACCCUCUCUCAUUCUCUCUUCCCUCUCUCGUCCCAUCUCUCUAUUCCUCUCCCCUCUC